AUGUCUAUAGCUCGCAUCCGCACGCCCAAUGAACCACCCGACGCGGCCUGGAACCUAGAGGGCGUCAACUACACAGGCUUCUCCAACUUUCCUUGGGGAAGCGCAUUCGAGGAUCAAGAAUGUCAAGAAUGCACAACCGUGGAUCGAACUCCCAGCGAUCCUCAUUUCUUUGACCUGGAGAAUGUCGCUUGCUGGCCAGAAGCUGACGAUGAAGAUGACUCUGAUUGGCUUCCAGAUAGUCAGGCUGCUAGUGAAAGUGACUCUCUUGAAUAUGACUCUGGGUCCGAGGAUGGAGGAUCAUAUGAACAGAAGAGGGACUCUGGGAAUGAGAGCGACAGUGAGAAUGAGAGAGACAGUGAGAAUGAUGGAGAAAAGGACACCGACCUCAACACAGACAAGUAUCCUCUAUCGCAGCUACAUCACCCACCACGCCCUCAACGACUCCCUCACGGAACAUGGCAUAACGGGAGAGUUUACUAUACAGUCAAUCGUCAUUCAGACAACCAGGAUUCCUUCCCCGGCGACGAAGAGGACGCUCCCUAUGUCCCACAAGAGCACAUCGCCGCACCAUCAUGUCAAAGCCUACAAGGUAUCAACGGACACGCCCUGACUGUAGAGCAGAUGAAGAACUGCCGUAAUGUACGCUUCCUUCUCCCGAAACCUACGGGAUUGACUGCAGAGGAGAGUGAUGACCUCUUGGAGCAAGACAGCCUGUUGUUUGUAUCUGGGGAGUCAAAUGGCUCGACUUUAGCAGCGGGUAAAACCGUUCGAGUGUGGCGAUCCUUUUAUCCCCCGCGUCACGGUAUGCACGAGAUGAGAACUGGGUGGCGUUCGUGGAAUCAGGCUGUCACGAAUACGACGUGUUACAUCCACUACCAGUUCACUCCUACUGCCUGGACAUAUACGCCAAGUCUUCGGGUCUGGGGAUUAGAUGAGGAUGUACCAACACAAACCUCAGAGAUCUCAAGAGGUCGUGAGAGCUGGGACUCACCUUGGCAUCAUGUUGCCGGUGAUGAAUGGCUUGCUGCGAAUCCAGUCGAGGUUCCAUCCAUCCGCGAGGUUUUGGAUAUUUGCAAAUUGCCUGUCACUGAAGUACUGAUUCAACUACCUGAUACAGGGCUGCUGGCUCUUCCCACCGAGCUCAAAUGUCGCAUACUGUCUUUUGUCAGCGUGGACGAUUCAAAUGCUGUUGCAUUGACUUGUCGACCACUGUACGAGCUAACUCAGCCAAUCUUUAAAGGGUCGGUCACCAAGGAGUUGCCGUGGCUGUGGGAGGUUUUGCAGGGUGUGGAAUAUCCAACAUCGCCCAACCGCCCUGUGACGUGGGAUCCUUUAUGUCCUUUAGGGCUUGCACCACCCGAACUGCCCAAGGAUCUUCCAACUGAGGAAGAAGACUAUGCCGUUUGGAAACAGAUCAUAGACGAAGAUGCCAGGAUGGAGGGGCUUGGAGAGAUGGUCAAAGCACUUAACCGCCAACGCCGCGAAGAAUUAUUUGCUCCAUAUAACGCAAAGCUAGAAUCAUCGCACCAAGAGUGGCAUGAUUUCCGCAACAGUGUAGCAGAUUGGAUACGCAACCAGGCACCAGCAUCCAAUACAUCUCUCGAUUGGAGACGUGUAUGGAGGUUCUUCAGUCCCGCCACUACAAAAUUACCUGGUAUACGUAGUCGAGCGCAUAUCUGGAUGCGAUGUGAGCAGGUCCUUAACGGAAUCAAUCGGGCGCACGAAUAUGGAAGAUUCGAUGAGAUACGUCAAUCUCUGCUGGACAAACUAUCAGACCCUUCUCACCAGGGAUGGAGGACGGAUUUGCAGGCUGAUUCAUGGAUGUAA